UCAAUUCUAACUGGAGCAUGUUGUUGAUAUGUGGACCCGAACUAAACGACUGUCCACUAACAUCAGCAUUCGCUAGAGAUCAUGCCUGCAACACAUUUAUCCACAAUUCGCCAGCAGCAGUUCGACGUACCAUCUAGGAACGUUCACAUUCAUCCCGCAGUACGAUGACAUGUCGACGACAACCCCGUCUCGACCUAGUUGUAAUUGAGAUGAUAGAACUGGAUUGAAUCACAAUCAUGUAUCCAGUCGACACCGGGCGGAGAACUGCCGCAGCUUUGAGACAGUAAACGCGGUCGAAUUCUUGUGCAACUUGAUCGGUGUUUGGGGAAGACCACCACACAGAGAGACGACAAAAUGCGGCACCCCUCUUCAGGAAGGGAGCGGAUACCGGUGAGAUCCACCGGCGCUUAGCACGGUUUAGCACGGUGUCAUGAUGCAGCAAAAUCGCCACCUACAAGACUGCUGUGAGACACUUCAAGAGCUUCAACGCACGUUUUCGAUGCAUAUCGUCAGUCUGCAGGCCAAAGCACAGAAUCUUCCAGAUAACUGGCCCGAAUUCGCCGAUGAUGAUGGUCGAGUCCAGAGAUACGAACCAAAGCCCUACCCAAACGAAGAAUGUCUAAUGCAGACUACCGUCGGAACUAAUCCACCUUCACACUGUCAUCGAGCACGCACGUCAUAACACCCCAUACUGUCAAUGGCAUUCGUCAUCCACACGUGUAAUGGUGGAUAGUGAAUGAUCUUUUUUGAGUCUGCAAACGAGACUACUACGAGAACGAUUGAUCCAAUUGGCGUACCUGAUGCAAUCUUGGGAGCAACUCAAUCAUAUGCCACAGAAUUUCUACGGGUAAAGAUACUAUUUGAAACCUUUGAUAUGAAGGUGCUCCAAUUAUAAGGUUUUUCGUGU